AUGCCUGCCCUCCGACAACACCAUGUGUGCUCCAUGUGGCUGCCCAUUUUGGUGCUGCCAGAGCCAGGUGUGGCAGCUCAAAGACAAGGCCAUUCUGAGGCCCUGGAUCGAUUCUGCGGCCUCUGGGGCCCCUGUGGGCUGCGCUCCGCGACGCACGGCUGCAGCUUCGAGGAUUGGCGACACUCCCAUGAGGCACAGGCAAAUGGCUCUGCCGGCGAUAUGACAGCAACUUGUUUGAAGGACGCAUACGGCUGUCUCAUCCGCAGUGGUGUGGAAGAGCUGGCUGAGGGCUGCCUGCCCGGUGUCCUUGGGGUGCUGCUGGCUGGCCUCGAUUCUCGGCUCCGGCGCUGCGACCCGCCUUUGGAGUGCGUCAUUGAAGUGGAGCACAGCUACUCUCGUUUACAAGCCUUAUGGCCCCGUGCCGGAGUUCCACAUCAAUGGGCGAAGAGGUGGCCACUUCCGUCGUGGCGUCGGAAGGUGGAUGCGAUGUUCGAUCGCGAAGAUGGACUCCGAGCCUUGCGGGGGGUCUGCUUGAAGUGGAUGAGUUCAGCAGCCGUCAACCGCCUGAAGCUUCCGUGGAUAGGAGAAGCCAAGAUCCAAGAGCGUGUGCACAAGGAGUGGCUGCCUAGUUGGAUCGGCGCCGCUCAGCAGAGCCAGGUGCCCGACUGGGUAAUUUGCGCGAUGGCGUCCACGAGCCAGCUAGCGCAAGACCUGUGGGUGCUUAGCCGCCUGGGUCAUGUCUCCAACGGACUCUUCCUUGAGAUCGGGGCGAACCAUCCCAGCACCAUGUCGAACACGCUGCUUCUGGAGGCAGCUGGCUGGCACGGGGUCUGUGUAGAGCCAUUCCCGCGUGGAGACUGGAGCAAGCGUCGUGCCAAGCUGGUGAUUGCAGCAGUGGGCCAGGUCGAGGGUGGCAGGGCCACAUUUGCCCUGCCGGGCUCCGUUUGGGGGGGCCUCCUCUCCAGCAUGGACCCGAGCAACGUGCAGCGGCUGGACAGAGAUUAUCCGAAGGAGCAGGUGCAGGUCGCUGAAGUUGACACCAGGAGCAUCGAGGCGAUUUUGAGGGAAGCGCUUCCCCAGGAUAAGCCCGACAGGAAGAAGGUCAUCCACUUCAUGUCCGUGGACACGGAGGGGCACAGCGCCUUCGAUCUUGUGGCUGCCUACGGAAACCUACAUGAAACCAGGGGCUCUGCAAGUCAGAGCUGGAGAUACUGCAGGCAUUUCCCUUCGACCGCUACCUCCCGAUUGCUAUUGCCGUGGAGCAUCUGCACUUCGAGCCGAAGAAGUCGAAGACCCGAGCAUUUCUGCAAGACCUCGGCUAUGAUCUCGACGUCGAGGCAGGGCACGACGACUUGUUCUUGCUGA